GCCAAUUAGCGCCAGCCUCAGCCAGUCGCAAGCGGGAAGUGACGUCUAUUGGGAGCGCCCUUGUUUACCAGGAAGGAGAAAAUGGUGUGCGAGAAGUGUGAGAAGAAGCUGGGCACAGUCAUCACACCGGACACAUGGAAGUCCGGUGCAAGGAACACUACAGAAAGUGGAGGUCGGAAACUGAAUGAAAACAAGGCACUGACUGCAAAGAAAGCAAGGUUUGACCCAUAUGGAAAACAUCGCUUUGCGAUAUGUCGUAUCUGCAAGAGUUCUGUCCACCAGCCUGGGUCGCACUACUGCCAAGGAUGUGCCUAUAAGAAGGGAAUCUGUGCAAUGUGUGGGAAGAAAGUGUUGGACACGAAGAAUUACAAGCAAACUUCUGUUUAAUCAAAGCCCAGAAGAGCUGCAUAAUGAUUCUAAUGCUCGACCCGGUUAAUGUUUCAGCAAGUAAUUUGGAGAGUGAGAGGGGGUGGGGGGGGGGGGGGGAGUGAACAAGAGUUUAAAGGAAACCUGCUACAAGAGGGGUAUAAAUGCUAGUUACCUGCCUGGCAUGAUGAUCCUCUGGCUUCAAUAUGUUUGAGUCCUUGACCCAAGACAAGUAUGGAGGUCAUGAGCUCACUCUUCACUCCCUGCAUUCUCAUUUCAAGGCAUUGACACAGAAAUACUGGAUCCUGACAUCCUGUGUACCGGCUAUGCAGCUUGUAUUUUAAAGAGACACUGGAGUUAAUUUACUAAAACUGGAGAGUGCAAAAUCUGGUGCAGAUCUAUAUGGUAGCCAAUCGACUUCUAACUCUACCUUGUUCAGUUGCGCUUUGGAAGCUGAUUGGUUUCUAUGCAGGGCUACACCAGAUUUUGCGCUCUUCAGUUUUAGUAAAUCAACCCCAAUGUCACUUAACAAAGUCACAAUGUCUGUGCAUAGCUGCCCCCCAAACCCACUGAUGCUGCUCUUCCGUCCUCCCCUGCCGUACCUCCCUCUAUCUUAGCUGGCAAAAAAUACAUAGUACUUCUAAGUAUGGGGUGGUAUGUGACCUACUCCACAUGACAGAAGGGGUGACCUCGCCACCCCCUUUAGGCUCAAUCACUGGGCAUUUAAGUGGCCACUGCAAUGAAUAAAGGUGCAGGGAGAGCGUCCUGGAGUGGGGAAGUAUUGGGUCAGGGGUGUGGCAUUGGAUAGACACUGUAUGUAACAUUGGCAUGAAUGGUUAAUGUGUAAAUAUGGGGGGGGGGG